CCUGAAGACACAGUCGUCUGCUACAGUACGCUGACAGACAACGCAGCGUUCGUUCCACCCCUCAGCGACUCGACCACAGAACCUUAAAGGCAACGAAAACAUGAGUGUCUUGGGUCUACAAGUAUCAAUAGUAAAUUCCUUCUGGCUGGGAACGACUUUCCCCACCUUGAACGAAGCGUUAUCGCGUUUCUGCAUGUGUCGUGAUGCUGAGUCGUGUUUACCCCGAGGCCGCAUGUCUUGAACCCCAAUCUAGUUCAGCUUUGUAUUUCGCUGAGAUCCCUUUUUUCUUACCGUGUUGGCGCUCAGCGUGAGUAUGCCUAAGUAGGCAUUCGGUGCCCAGUCAGUCAUUCUAUUAAAAUGGCUGGAAAGCGCGUACGUGGGGCCGUGUGCCUCGGCUGCAUCGCCGCCUUGGCGACUAGUUGUGAAGCAGCUUUCCAGGGCACCAGCAUAUCGUCGAACUUUUUUGGCACUCCCUUCCCUGAUCCGCUGCAGUAUUUCCUCCGGGCAAACCACUUUCUUUCGCCGGCUUCCAUUGCUGAUCCUUUUGGAUUCCUGUCUCGGGCCACCCCGAGCGACAUGUUUCGAGCACUCACAGAAAACUACAGGAUGGCUACGGCUAUGCCAGAGCAAUUUGUCCGGGCGGCAGCUGAUGCCGCGGCUCUGUUGACGAUGCAGCAAUAUGAGCACGUCCAAGGUAAAGAGCAGCCUGUUGGUUCACAUGAAAGUACAUCGUUUGCUUCAACACCAUCUCGCGGUUUCUUUAUUCCUGGGAUGCCGUUCUAUCCGGCGAACUGGAUGCCGGCUAAAUCAAUGUUUCCGCUCGCUGAAAACCCUAACGACUGGUUCAUGAACUUCCUUUUUGUUCUAUGGGCUGCCCACCACCCAACGGAAACGGCGCACUAUGUGAAGCUCGCGAAGAGUAGCAAAUAUCCUGGCUGGGACCACGCGCUUGAUGAAUCAGGUUCCCUUUCGGGAUCCCAGGAGAGUGUCAGUUACGAGAAUCAGUUCACGCGACACCAGAAGACCUCACAACCUGCGACCCAUUGAGAAUGUGCCCACUGGCGAAACUGGAGCCACUGUAGAGGAAAGACUGUGAACGGAUAUUUGCUGUUUCAUCCUACAUAUAGCGAUUGCGUGAACGUCAGUAUGGUAUAAGGCGUAGCAGUGCAGUGGCUGACUCAAGUGGUCUAAAAAGCAAGAGCCUGCAUUCUAUGACGGUCUCUCAACCUGACUCUCAAAUGGUUAUGCUAAACGGAUGUAAACCGUUUCCUAACUACCCUGCUGCUACUC